AUGGGAGAGAUUGCAGAUCCUGCAUUGCAGGUCAUUAUUCUGGGUUCGGGGGGAGGCCCGCAAGAAUCCAACAUCACAGCAUUUUUGGUGCGAUCCGUCGCUCAGCGAUGGUCCAAAGGAUCCAUCAUCGCCGUCGACGCAGGCGUCCAUCUCUCCGCCAUCACCCGUCUCCUGCAAGAAUCUUACCCGUCCACACCACCUGCCAACUUACCCUUCACACUGAGCACCGGCGCGUUUGCCGGGCUGGAGCUACCCUAUGCAUCAGCAGCUGCUAAUGCAGCUCAUGUGACUGGCUCCUUGGUAGACACAUAUCUCAUCACUCAUCCCCAUCUCGAUCACAUCUCCGGCUUUGUUAUCAAUACCGCCGGUUUACCGGGGACGCGCCCCAAGAAGCUGGCUGGAUUGCCCAGCACCAUUCAUGCAUUCAAGAAGCACAUAUUUAAUAACGUCAUUUGGCCGAAUUUAAGCGACGAAAACAAUGGUGCCGGUCUGCUCACCUACCUGAGGCUCGUUGAAGGUGGCAGCCCAGCCCUCGGAGAUGGGGAGGCCAAGGGCUACAUGGAAGUGUGCGACGGUCUGUUAGUCAAGACCUGGAGUGUCAGUCACGGCCACUGCAUCGAGAAGCAUCCUCAUAGAGGCUCCGCUUCUAGUGUGUCGACGCGAUUUGGCAGCCACGACGCUUCGUCGCAAACACCCAGAAGAGAUAUUCAUCAACACUCGUCGAUGCAGCACACGCCCAAGGGCCCUGGUUUGCUCAGUCAAGCUGCGUUCUCGGCAGUGUCAUCGCCACAGUUUAGUGCCGCCAACGAGCCAGAAAAGGUCUGCGUGUAUGACUCCAGCGCCUACUUUAUCAGGGAUCAAUCACAUCGCCGCGAGAUUCUAAUAUUCGGAGAUGUGGAACCCGACAGCCUUUCCCUCAGUCCGCGGAACUUGUACGUCUGGCAGGAAGCUGCUUCCAGGGUUGUCUCCGGCAUACUAAGUGCAAUCUUUAUUGAAUGUUCAUACGACGAUUCUCAAAGCAAUGACCGAUUGUUUGGGCACUUGAAGCCGUACUUCAUCAUGGAUGAAUUACGGGCGUUGGCGAAUGAGGUUGAAGUUGCACAGAAGCUUGGAGACCCUGACAGCAAAAAGCGAAAACGUUCAAGUAUCGACGACAGCAUGAAUCAUCGACGAAACCCUCUAAACAAACGAGGCUCAAUGAGUGAUGAUCCUGUAUCACCAAAGUCAGUGAAGCCAGCAGCCCUCAGACAGGGGGGACCGUCACCGGACCACGUCGACACACCGCAUCUAGCGACGCCUACCGACCAGCUGUCGCUGCAUCACUUUGGGCCAACGGGCCCAGCGGUUGAAAGCAAGCCGCUAGACGGCCUGAAGGUGGUCAUAAUUCACGUCAAGGAACGGCUGGAAGAUGGACCAAGAGUGGGCGAUAGAAUAUUGCAACAGUUACAGGACUAUGAGAAGGAAAUGAAUCUCGGAUGUGAAUUCGUCAUGUCCAAGUCGGGAAUGAGCUUUUAUUUUUAG